CUCGGGAGCGCCGCCGAUCGGUCGCUAGGAUUUUCCCUUCUCCGCCAAAAUGGAGGAGAAGGUCUCUCGCCUGGUGAGGGGAGCAGAGAUUAUAUGACCGGAUCCGCCUCUGUGAGCGACUUUCUUUGUCGGUAAAUCGCGCAUGCAGCUGAACGGAAGCCUGUGAGGACCCCCCCCCCCCCCUCCCGUCGCUGUUUCCGCCCAAAGCGACCGCAGCGAUGAGCGCAGGAGAGGGUCUGGAUGAGGCUGCGAAGGACGCGGCAGACAUAGCGGCGUUUUUCAAAUCCGAUUGCUCUCUUCCAAAGUGUGAAUCCAAACUGGACGGCCCCGGUCAAACAUCAGGGUUCCAUCGCAACGAAGAUUUGAAAGCCAUUGAUGUGCUUCCCAUCCUAAAAGAGAAGGUCGCCUUUCUUUCAGGUGGCAGAGACAGACGUGGGGGUCCAAUUCUCACUUUUCCAGCACGGAGCAACCAUGACAGAAUACGACCCGAGGACCUGCGUAGGCUUGUAGCAUACUUGGCUACUAUUCCAAGUGAGGAGGUGGCCAGACAUGGCUUCACCGUCAUCGUGGACAUGCGUGGUUCUAAAUGGGACAGCAUCAAACCGUUGCUGAAAAUCCUACAGGAGUCUUUUCCCACCUGCAUCCACGUUGCCCUCAUCAUCAAACCGGACAACUUCUGGCAAAAACAGAGAACCAACUUUGGCAGUUCUAAGUUUGAAUUUGAAACGGUGAUGGUCUCAUUAGAGGGCUUAACCAAAAUAGUGGACCCAUCGCAGCUGACAGCUGACUUUGAGGGCAGCUUAGAGUACAACCAUGACGACUGGAUCGAGGUGCGGCUAUCAUUCGAGACAUUUGCCAGUGAUGCAGCGAGGGCUUUGUCACGCCUCGAGGAGCUCCAGGAGGUCCUGUCCCAGCGUGAUCUCCCGCGGGACCUGGAAGGAGCCCGCCGCCUCAUGGAAGAGCACGCUGCGCUGAAGAAAAGGGCCACAAAGGCGUCCAUAGAGGAGCUUGACACGCAGGGCCGACGGCUGCUCCAAAGACUGCAGUCUCAUUCUGCAGGGGGUGGAAACAGCAGUGAAAGCGGAUACGGCAACCGCGGCGUGGGGGCCAGUGGAGAUUCCAACGACCAUCACCACGGGCUCCAGGGUUACAGCGACGCACACAGUCUAGUGGCUAAAGUUACGGCUUUGUUGGAUAAGCUGCAUGGGACGCGGCAGAACUUGCAGCAGCUGUGGCACAUGAGGAAGCUAAAACUCGACCAGUGUUUCCAGCUGCGGCUGUUUGAGCAAGAUGCUGAGAAGAUGUUCGACUGGAUUAUGCACAACAAGGGGCUUUUUCUUACCAGCUACACUGAGAUUGGGGGGAACCACCAGCAUGCUGUUGAGCUGCAGACACAGCACAAUCAUUUUGCUAUGAACUGCAUGAAUGUCUAUGUGAACAUCAACCGAAUCAUGUCGGUGGGAAACCGACUCCUGGAGUCUGGUCACUACGCCUCCCAGCAGAUCCAGCAGAUCUCCGGCCAGCUGGAGCAGGAAUGGAAAGCCUUUGCUGCAGCCCUGGAUGAACGCAGCACACUGCUGGAGAUGUCUGCCAGCUUCCAUCAGAAGGCAGAUCAGUACAUGAGUAAAGUGGAGCCAUGGUGCAAGGCAUGUGGAGAGGGAGAGCUGCCCACCGAACUCCAGGACCUGGAGGAUACAAUCCACCAUCACCAGGGACUCUACGAGCACAUCACCACGGCAUACUCAGAGGUAAGCCAGGAAGGCAAAUCUUUACUGGACAAGCUGCAGCGACCGUUGACCCCAGGAAGUGCCGAUUCGUUGAUGUCCUCGGCCAACUACUCCAAGGCUGUGCACCACGUCCUGGAUAUCAUCCACGAGGUUUUGCACCAUCAGAGACAACUGGAAAACAUAUGGCAGCAUCGCAAAGUCCGACUUCAUCAGCGGCUGCAGCUUUGUGUGUUCCAGCAGGACGUGCAGCAGGUUUUGGAUUGGAUCGAAAAUCAUGGCGAGGCUUUCCUAAGUAAGCACACCGGCGUGGGGAAAUCUCUGCACAGAGCCAGGGCUCUGCAGAAACGACACGAGGACUUUGAAGAAGUUGCCCAGAACACCUACACUAAUGCUGACAAGUUGCUGGAGGCAGCAGAGCAGCUGGCCCAAACUGGAGAGUGUGACCCAGAGGAAAUAUACCAGGCCGCCCACCAGCUAGAAGACCGCAUCCAAGAUUUUGUGCGGCGUGUGGAGCAGCGUAAAGUCUUGCUGGACAUGUCUGUUGCAUUUCACACGCAUGUCAAAGAGCUGUGGACGUGGUUGGAGGAGCUGCAGAAGGAACUGCUGGACGAUGUGUAUGCGGAGUCCGUGGAGGCGGUUCAGGACUUGAUCAAGCGCUUCGGCCAGCAGCAGCAGACCACGCUGCAGGCAACCGUCAAUGUUAUCAAAGAGGGAGAGGACCUUAUACAGCAGCUCAGAGACUCGGCUAUCUCCAGCAACAAGACCCCUCACAACAGCUCCAUGGCCCACAUCGAGAGCGUGCUGCAGCAGCUGGAUGAAGCCCAGGGCCAGAUGGAAGAGCUGUUCCAGGAAAGGAAGAUCAAGCUGGAGCUGUUUCUCCAACUACGCAUAUUUGAGAGGGAUGCCAUUGAUAUCAUCUCCGACCUGGAGUCAUGGAACGAGGAACUGUCCCAGCAGAUGAACGACUUCGAUACAGAGGACCUGACUCUGGCAGAGCAGAGGCUGCAGCAUCACGCUGACAAAGCGCUCACCAUGAAUAACCUGACCUUUGACGUCAUUCACCAGGGGCAGGAGCUGCUUCAGUACGUCACCGAGGUCCAGGCGUCCGGUGUGGAGCUGCUAUGCGACAGAGACGUGGACAUGGCCACACGGGUUCAGGACCUGCUGGAGUUUCUUCAUGAGAAGCAGCAGGAGCUGGACUUGGCUGCAGACCAGCACAGGAGGCACUUGGAGCAGUGUGUCCAGUUAAGGCACCUGCAAGCUGAAGUUAAACAGGUGCUGGGUUGGAUCCGCAAUGGGGAGUCGAUGUUGAAUGCAGGUCUAAUAACGGCUAGCUCCUUGCAAGAAGCUGAGCAGCUGCAGAAGGAGCACGAACAGUUCCAGCAUGCAAUAGAGAAAACACACCAAAGUGCUCUGCAGGUGCAGCAGAAGGCAGAAGCUCUUCUCCAGGCCAACCACUACGACAUGGACAUGAUCAGAGACUGUGCUGAAAAGGUGGCCGACCACUGGCAGCAGCUGAUGCUGAAGAUGGAGGACAGACUUAAACUGGUCAAUGCUUCUGUGGCCUUCUAUAAAACAUCAGAACAGGUGUGCAGUGUGUUGGAAAGUCUGGAGCAGGAGUACAAGCGGGAGGAGGACUGGUGUGGUGGGGCUGAUAAACUGGGCCCAAACAGUGAGUCAGAUCACGUCACACCUAUGAUCAGCAAACAUCUGGAGCAGAAAGAAGCUUUUCUUAAGGCCUGCACAUUAGCCAGACGCAAUGCUGAUGUUUUCCUGAAGUAUCUGCACAGAAACAGCGUCAACAUGCCGGGCAUGUUAUCUCAUGUCAAAGCACCAGAGACUCAGGUCAAGAACAUUUUGAAUGAGUUGCUUCAGAGAGAAAACAGAGUCCUCCACUUCUGGACGAUGAGGAAGCGGAGGUUGGACCAGUGCCAGCAAUAUGUAGUGUUUGAAAGAAGUGCCAAACAGGCCUUGGAAUGGAUCCACGACACCGGCGAGUUUUACCUGUCCACUCAUACAUCCACUGGCUCCAGCAUUCAUCACACACAGGAGCUACUGAAAGAGCACGAAGACUUCCAGAUCACAGCAAAGCAAACCAAAGAGCGGGUAAAGCUGUUGAUCCAGCUGGCGGAUGGGUUUUGUGACAAGGGCCACGCCCAUGCCCUGGAAAUAAAGAAAUGGGUUUCCUCGGUGGACAAGCGCUACAGAGACUUCUCUAUCCGUAUGGACAAAUACCGAACCUGCCUGGAAACGGCGCUGGGCAUCUCGUCUGACUCAAACAAGGCUAGUAAAGGACUGCAGUUAGACAUAAUCCCAGCUAGUGCUCCAGGGUCAGAGGUCAAGUUGAGGGAUGCCGCUCAUGAACUGAACGAGGAGAAGCGGAAAUCUGCACGACGAAAAGAAUUUAUAAUGGCUGAGCUGAUUCAAACAGAGAAAGCAUACGUGAGAGAUCUGCGAGAGUGCAUGGAUACGUACCUGUGGGAAAUGACCAGUGGUGUGGAGGAGAUUCCCCAUGGCAUCAUCAACAAGGAACACAUCAUCUUUGGGAACAUGCAGGACCUCUAUGAGUUUCAUCACAACAUUUUCCUCAAAGAGCUGGAGAAGUAUGAGCAGCUUCCAGAGGAUGUUGGCCAUUGCUUUGUGACCUGGGCUGAUAAGUUCCAGAUGUAUGUGAACUACUGUAAGAACAAGCCAGACUCAACUCAACUCAUUGUUGAGCAUGCGGGAGCCUACUUCGAUGAAAUUCAGCAAAGACAUCGUCUUGCCAAUUCCAUCUCGUCCUACCUGAUCAAGCCGGUUCAGCGAAUCACCAAAUACCAACUGCUUCUCAAGGAGUUGCUAACAUGCUGUGAGGAGGGAAAAGGUGAAAUAAAAGAUGGUCUGGAAGUGAUGCUCAGUGUUCCCAAGAGAGCCAAUGAUGCCAUGCAUCUCUCAAUGCUGGACGGUUUCGAUGGGAACAUUGACUCCCAAGGAGAGUUGAUCCUCCAAGAGUCCUUCCAGGUGUGGGACCCCAAGACUCUGAUUCGGAAAGGUCGUGAAAGGCACCUCUUCCUCUUUGAGAUGUCUCUCGUCUUCAGCAAAGAAGUAAAAGAUUCCAACGGACACAGCAAAUACCUCUACAAGAGCAAGCUCUUUACCUCUGAAUUGGGUGUGACAGAGCAUGUGGAGGGAGAUCCUUGUAAGUUUGCCCUGUGGGUGGGCAGGACCCCAACCUCAGACAACAAGAUUGUUCUUAAGGCCUCAAGUCUAGAGAAUAAGCAGGACUGGAUCAAACACAUCAGAGAGGUCAUCCAAGAGCGAACCGUCCACCUGCGCGGAGCUCUGAAGGAGCCCAUUCACAUCCCAAAAGCCACAGCUACCAAACACAAGGGCAGACGGGAUGGAGAGGAUCUGGACAGCCAAGGAGAUGCCAGCAGCCAACCAGACACCAUUUCCAUCGCCUCUCGCACAUCUCAGAACACGCUGGACAGUGACAAGCUCUCGGGCGGCUGUGAGCUGACGGUGGUAAUCCACGACUUUGUGGCCAGCAAUGGGGGUAGCAACGGGGAACUAACAGUCCGGCGGGGCCAAACUGUGGAGGUUCUGGAGCGGCUGCACGACAAGCCGGACUGGUGCCUGGUCCGAACCACAGAUCGGUCCCCUGCCCAGGAAGGCAUAGUGCCCUGCUCCAUGCUCUGCAUCGCCCACUCCCGCUCUUCCAUGGAGAUGGAGGGGCUGUUCAACCACAAAGACACCUUGUCUGUAUCGAGUAAUGACGCCCUGCAGCCAGGCUCCAGCCAAACUUUGGGCCCCCACAGCUCACCCGGACCCAAACGUCCCGGGAACACCUUAAGGAAAUGGUUGACGAGCCCCGUACGCCGACUCAGCUCGGGCAAAGCCGAUGGUCACAUCAAAAAGCUGGCCCACAAGCACAAAAAGAACCGCGAAGGCACCAGGAAGAACAUGGAAGUGAUCCCGGGGUCGCAGAAGGACUCCGACGACAGCGCCGCCACUCCACAGGACGAGACUUUGGAGGAACGCAUGCGCAACGAAGGGCUAAGCAGCGGCACCCUCUCAAAGUCUUCCUCAUCGGGGAUGCAGAGCUGCGGCGAGGAGGAGGGAGAGGAGGGUGCGGACGCUGUUCCUCUGCCUCCCCCGAUGGCCAUCCAGCAGCACAGCCUGCUGCAGCCUGACUCCCAGGAUGACAAGUCUGCGUCUCGUCUGUCCGCGCGUCCUAGUAGUUCAGAGACACCCAGUGCUGCAGAAUUGGUCAGUGCCAUCGAGGAGUUGGUGAAGAGCAAGAUGUCGCUGGAGGACCGGCCCAGUUCUCUGUCCGUGGAGCAAGGCGACAGCAGCUCACCCUCUCUCAACCCCUCCGACAACUCACUCCUCUCCUCGUCCUCACCCACGGACGAGAUGGACGAGCGCAAAUCUGGCUUCCUCAAGCGAAGGCACUAUGUGCUCCUUGAGUUAGUGGAGACUGAAAGGGACUACGUCAGGGACCUUGGAUCUGUUGUGGAGGGCUACAUGAGCAGAAUGAAAGAGGAGGGAGUUCCAGAUGACAUGAGAGGAAAAGACAAGAUUGUUUUUGGAAACAUCUACCAGAUCUACGACUGGCACAAAGAUUUUUUCCUGGGAGAGCUGGAGAAGUGUUUGGAAGACCCCGAGAGGCUGGCUACUUUAUUUGUCAAACAGGAGCGGAGGCUGCACAUGUACAUCGUGUACUGCCAGAACAAGCCCAAAUCCGAGCACAUUGUGUCCGAGUAUAUUGACACCUAUUUUGAAGACCUAAAGCAGCGACUUGGUCACAGACUGCAGCUCACCGAUUUGCUAAUUAAACCAGUCCAGCGCAUAAUGAAGUACCAGCUGCUGCUAAAGGAUCUACUCAAAGUUUCUAAAAAGGCAGGAGUGGACACAGCAGAGCUGGAGAAAGCUGUUGAGGUGAUGUGCGUGGUCCCAAAGCGUUGCAACGACAUGAUGAAUGUUGGACGUCUUCAAGGCUUUGAAGGGAAAAUUGUUGCUCAGGGCAGGCUGCUCCUCCAAGACACCUUCAUGGUUUCAGACCAAGAUGGGGGUCUACUGUCAAGGAUGAAAGAAAGGAGAGUGUUUUUGUUUGAGCAGAUAGUUAUAUUCAGCGAACCUCUGGAUAAAAAGAAGGGCUUCUCCACUCCUGGCUACCUCUUUAAAAACAGCAUCAAGGUGAGCUGGCUGGGUCUGGAAGAAAACACAGACGACCCCUGCAAGUUUACAUUAACUUCAAGGUCAUCUGCUGGGAGCAUGGAGAGGUACACGCUUCACUCCGCCAGCCCAGGAGUGUGCCAAGUCUGGGUUCACCAGGUCAGCCAGAUCUUGGAAAAUCAGCGGAACUUCCUCAACGCUUUGACAUCCCCCAUAGAGUACCAGAGGAACCACGUGGGUGGAGGAGGGUCAAGCGGACCCCCUAGUAGUAGCAGCAGUAGUGCCGGAGGCCUCCCAGGAGGCAGCAGCACCAACAAUACCUCCAAUUCGGGUGGAGGAGGAGGAGGUGGCGGAGGAGGAGGCUCAGGGGGUAACUCCAAUCUGUGCGGGCCUCGCUCUCGGCCCUCACGCAUCCCGCAGCCUUCCUCGCGCCUCCCCCAGCCUGUUCACCACCACCACCCCCCAGGCCCCGAGGGGCCUGACAGAUCAGCAGGUAUGUGGUCUCCCUGCCACCCGCAGCCCCCCGAUUCCUUUCCCUCUAACUGCUUUUCUGACAGCGCAACAAACGGAGAGCUGCCUGCCUCCGAGGUCCCUAAGAUGAGGAUGGACAGUCCUCACGGAAGCAGCUGUAGUAACAGUAACAGGCCGUUCAGUAAUGCGGACAGCAGUGUCAGAAAGGGAGGAUGUGAGGAGACGCAGAGGCCUCAGACCGCUGCGAAACCACAGAUGACAGUGGUUCCUUUGAAUUUUCCUCUAAAAAGCCCCCGAGUCGGCACCGUUUCCCCCCUAAUGUCAUCUCCAGCUGCUGGAGCAGCAAAGGAACUGAUCCUCCCUUCAAGCCCAGUGCAUAAAGGAAACCCUUUCUGGGCUGUAGUCCCCCCUCUGCCUCCUUCGCCCGCCAGCAGGCCCGGUUCCUGCUCCUUCCCCAGUGACAAUAGUGGUGGAGGGGACUCUUUGGGCAGGGGAAGUCACGGGACGCCAUCCCAUCACCGCCACUCCAGCCAUAAUAAGGAUGUAGACCGCAUGAGCACCUGCUCCUCCACCAGCGAGCAGUCUGUUCACUCCACCCAGAGCAACGGGAGUGAAAGCAGUAGCAGCAGCAGCGUGUCCACCAUGUUGGUGACCCAGGACUAUGUGGCAGUGAAGGAGGAUGAGAUCAGUGUGGCGCAGGGCGAGGUGGUCCAGAUGCUUGCCAGCAACCAGCAGAACAUGUUCCUGGUAUACCGGGCUGCCAACGAGCACAGCCCUGCGGCUGAGGGCUGGAUCCCUGGCUACGUUUUAGGCCACACCUCAACCUCCGUCACACCCGAGCUUCCUGAAGGCACCAUCAAAAAAUCAUUAUCAUGGCACACAGCCCUCCGCAUCCGCCGAAAGUCUGAGAAAAGAGACAAGGAGGGGAAAAAAGUGGAGAAUGGCUACCGCAAGUCUCAGGACAGCCUGGCGAACAAAGUCUCUGUCAAGCUUCUCAAUCCCAACUUCAUUUAUGAGGCUCCACCAGAGUUCCUCGUCCCUGUGAGCGAUGCAUUAUGUGAGAGCGGCGACAACGUCAUCCUGAGGUGUAAAGUAUGUGGCCGUCCCCGAGCCACCGUCACCUGGCACGGGCCGGACAAUGACACCCUGAGCAGCGACGGACACCACAGCAUCACAUACAGUGAGACAGGUGAGGCAUCUCUGCGCAUCCUGGGAGCGUCUCCAGAGGAUAGUGGGAUGUACACCUGUGUUGCCACGAACAUCGCAGGCACCAGCUCCUCUUCUGCCAGUCUCACAGUUUCAGGAUCCCCCGAUGAUGAAAGCGAAAUCGUCUGGAAAAGCAGCUUUGAGUCCUAUUUUACAGAGAUAACUGAACUGGGAAGGGGCCGCUUCUCAGUGACUAAGCGUUGUGACCAGAGAGGAAGCAAACGAACUGUAGCAGCAAAACACGUCAACAAGAAGCUGCUGCGUCGUGAGAGGGCGCUGAAGGAGGUCCAACUCCUCCAGACUCUGGACCAUCCUAACCUGGUCAAACUGCUGGACACAUAUGAGACAGCCAACAGCUACGUGCUCAUCCUGGAGAUGGCAGACCAGGGCCGAUUCCUGGAUUACAUUGUGAGCUGGGGGAACCUGACUGAAGAGAAGGUGGCUUUAUACCUUAGAGACAUUCUUGAGGCUCUUCACUACCUGCACAGCUGGAGGAUAGCACACCUCGAUCUCAAACCUGAGAACAUUGUGGUGGAGCAUGCAUCCUCCCAGCCUGUAAUCAAGCUGACAGACUUUGGUGAUGCCGUGCAGCUGAACUCUGGUUGCUCCUAUGUGCAUCCUCUGCUGGGAAGCCCCGAGUUCUCUGCUCCUGAGCUGGUUCUGGGUCAGCCCGCUUCCCUGAUGUCUGACCUCUGGAGUUUAGGUGUGGUGACCUACGUUGUCCUGAGUGGCGCCUCUCCCUUCCUGGACGAAAGCCUGGAAGAGACGUGCCUGAACAUCUGCCGCCUGGACUUCAGCUUCCCCGAAGAUUACUUCCAGGGUGUGAGCCCAGCUGCCAGGGACUUUGUGUGCCGGCUGCUCCAAAGCGAGCCGGAACGACGCCCCUCUGCGGCGUCCUGCCUCCAGGAUCCAUGGCUGCAGCCCCGAGACGGCGGUCGCGACUCAUCAAACCACACGCAGCCACACGCAUUGCCACCAUCGCCGACCUUUCACAGCGUGCACCUGGACACCUCCCGGCUUAUCUCCUUCAUUGAGAGACGGAAGCAUCAGAACGACAUUCGGCCCGUCGGCGCCAUCAAGGUCUUCCUUCACAGCCGCCUUCUCAACCACAGCUAACGGUAGACAGACGGGAAGGAACUUUCUCCGAGAGGACCACCAGCACCAAGUCUACAAAGAUCCCCUUUUCCUUCAACUAGCCACAAAUGUCCUGCUGCUGCUGCUGCUGCUGCUGCUGACUGACUGACUGACUGAUAUACCCCUUGUUCUCCUCCUCCUCCUCUUCGUCCUUGACAUACUGUCAUCUUGUCUGCACAAGUGAACUGCUGGAAUCCAUUAGAGAUUUCAAACCAUGACUCAACUGGAGAGCGUCAAGCUUUCCUAACAAGCCAAUGCGAGCAAGUCUCCCAUUGUGGACGGUGAUACAGAAAAUAGAUGCAUACUAUACUGUAAAAUAAGAAUAUUUCAGGCUGCUUUUGAGUGACACACACAAAAAAUGGCUUUUUGUAAUGACAGAUUACUUUUUUUGUAAAAGACACUAUGUACAGCGAGAGAGAAAUACGACUGUCUUAUUCAUUUGGGAAUAAAGUGUAGUUGUAAACAAAAGAGGAAUAGAAUUUGUUCCAGAACAAAAUAUGACUAAGAGUUGUUUUCCAAAACUGCAUAAAAGUUACCUUCUGUGCAAUAGUUUGCUAAUCAUUACCACCCUUCCUCAGUUUCAAGGUAAAUCCGAACAGUUUGUGACAAAAAAACAACAGAAAUCAUUGAACUUGCGCAUUAAAGCCAUCCAGCUAAUCUUCCCGGAUCUCUACCUGCUUCCGCCUUAUUUGUAAAUAACGCAUUCCUGCUUUAUAUCUUUUCGUUUUGAAGAUUUUUGUUGGCUGAAAAAAAGGCGACUCACCCACUAGCAGAUUCUCAGCGGCUGGAAUUUUACUCAGAACCAACCGCUACUAGAAAAGGCAUUCAUAAUUCGCAUUGGUUCUUGUGCAGCGUUGCAGCUUUAGGAUGUAUGCAACUAUUUAUGAAGACUUGUGUUGUAGCCGUAUUCUUAAAAAAGGCAUGUAUGUACCUGGUACUGCUUUAGAUGUCUGUAUUGUGUUGAUUCCUAUGGAUUAAGUUCAGUAUUAAUAUCAGUAAAACCUGAGACAAAGAUAGGGUUUUCUGAAAUAGUGUAUAAAAAUGUGGAUCUAUAUAAUAAUGUGUUAUUUUUAUGCUUUUCAUUUGUCCUUGUCCUUUUUUUUUUUGUAACAAAACCAAAGUUGUCUAAAAUUUCUGUUCCAACUAGUUCCCUUUUUUUUUUGUUUUGUUUUGUUUGUGAUGUUAAGUUAUGAAGAACCACACUGACGCUGGACAUGUGUAUGAGUGUUUACAAAGGUUCAGUGUGCGUGAGUAUUUAUUUUUAACUUUUUUUGUGAAGACUAAACCGUUUGGUGAAUUUUGUUGCUGAAAUAAGAGAUUUCACUCGUCCGUUUUUCAAGAUGUGCACAAAGUGGUUUCCUCUGUGAGUUUGUUCGGCUUCUGUAGGUUGACGCUGGUGUGUGUUUGUGGAUUCGUUUAAGCUCCUCAGUUUGGCAUCAUGAAGCGUUUACCUCUUCAUUAAGCAAUAGGUCCAUGAGAGGAAAAAGGAAAAAAAACAAAAACGGACCUUUGUGAGGGGGGGUGCAUUUAAAGAUGCAUUGUAACCGUGCAUUGAACAGAAUUUGUACUCCAACAUUUGAAGUUGAAUAGCUUUGAUACAUGUCCAUCAGCCUUCACAGGUAAAAGGGUCUGCCAGUUAUUUUUGCUGGGAUGAGUUGUCUUUUUUUUUCUUCUUUUUCUGUGAAACACCUUGACCGGCGACUAAAACGCUCAUUGCAUCUCCUCCGGUUACUAACAAGAAACGACAGAUGUGCUUGUUAUAUUUGAAGGUUGAAAGAGAUGCUGUCAAGUCUUAGGAUUUUAUCCCUCCUCCAUAUGUUAUGACCAUAUGUUACCAACUCUUGUUGGUCUAAAGAUUCCACUUUGUUUUACUUUUAUUUAUUGGAGUUUGGGUUUCCCACGAGAUAUUUGAUCAGAUUCUCCUCAGAGCAUCUGUGCAUGGAAGGAUUUGAUGAAAGUACAACUCAUGAUGUAAAGAUGUACAGAGAGGGUUGGGCAGUUUGCCCACACUCAGGAUGUAAACCUCAUAACUGUCAUAUUUUAAAUAAACCUAGAACAAGACUGCGGCAAUGUCAUCUUGAAUGUCUUAUGACUCAUUUUUACUUUUGCAUGUAUAUUUCUUUGUACAGAAGAAUGUCUUUACUUGUGUUGUAAAUAUUUUAUUUUGUUCUCUGUUAUUUUGCCAUUAAACAUACAAGAAACAA